CUGGUGUCGAGGUAGGAAGUUAAUGUAAACUCAAGCGCUCGUUUAGUCUGGCCGUAGCCCCGUGUCGUGUGUUAUUACACGUUGUGUCCUCGCCUGUAGCGUUGUAAAUCGGAAAGCGAGAGGAGGAGCAAGGCAAGUUCGCAAACAUAAAUAAUCACAAUGUUCAACCCUAAUAUGCCCAUAACGCCAUUUUCUGUGAAGAACCUAUUGGGAAUGGAGUAUAUGCCAGCGAGUUAUCCUAGCCAUGUUAAUGCCUGUAUACCAACGACCAUACAUACUUUCACAAAGAACGAAGAUACAAUAGUUAGCGGUGUUCACCCGCAUAGUAUUCCCGAGCACAAUUUCGGCAUGUACGGCGUCGACGCAGCGCAAGCAUCGUUCUUGACAGCAAGUCACGAUAGCGAAGGAUCAGGGAAAAGUUUGGACCCCGACCGUGAUCAGGGAUCAGGUAUGUAGAAUUAUACGUUUGUGCUACACUAGAAUCUUUGUAUAUAUAUAUAUGUGUAUAUCGUAUCGCUCGAGGGAACUCAUUAAGUUCAAAAUGGGGGAGGGCAAUUCACACCGAGAUUUGAAGAGCGGUCUCUAGAGGGUCUCUGAAUUGAGCCAACAUUCACUUGGAGUAAAAGUAGCUGCGACAAUGUAGUACUAUAAGACACUUAGCCUACCUCGUUGUGUCGAGAUCUUUCGCUUUCAAAAUUGGAGUGCAUUUCGUGACUGCUGAAAUCUCUCCCGAGUUAUUUUCGUUAUUUCCGCUGUGUUUCUGCUCACACGCUUUAGCUACUGAUAAAGAGUUAAUCUAACUCCCUGCUGGCAUAAUGCGUCGACUUGUGGAUCAUUUGUAAAAUUCGCUACACAUUGAACAUUCGAACAUUGAGUAGCGAUGAUCAUUAAAUUGAUCUUUUGUUCCGAAGUUUGUACAUCGACUUACACGCUUAGCCUUUGUAAACAAUCUAUACGGAUUCCAUAUUCUUUAUCUAGCCACGAAAUCAACACUGACACAUCACAACAGAAAACAAGCCAUUUCCCGCAUCGCUACCUUCGUAUCUUAAUUAGAAAUUUCCUAGGAUUCAUACAGGGCUUCGCUGGAGCCUUUUAGAUUGAAUAAAAACCAUAAACGAUGGUUUCGGGUUUGAACUUUAGACACAGUCUGGUGUGUGGAAUCGACUCCUUUAUGAAAAAAGUGUAGGAAUGUGUUAAUACCUAUCAUUUUGUUAGUUACCCAUGCGAUAAUGAUACAAAGAUAUAUGAUCUACAUAAUAAGUCAAAGAGACACAAAUUUUCCCACAAAAAUUGAGAAACAACGACGAUUUCGAAAUAUAUCAAUGCCAAAAAAAGUAAUCUGAGAACGACAUUGCAAAAUGGUUGGCAAAAUAUUUGAAAAUAUACAGGUAGUGUUUUAAAACAAGCUUCAAAUACGAACAACAAAGUUCUUCGCCCGAAUGCAACACAAAGGCAUAUUGGAUUCGAACCAUUUUCAACCUGGAUGCAAUGCACGUAAGCUUACUAAUUGCAAAUUGAAUUCUCGUAUAAACCGUCCUUGCCGUAUCUUUCCGUAAAUUGGACUCGGAGAUAAUCAUUUGUAAAACACAUUAAUGCUUCGUACAAACAGCAAAUUUGUUUAAAUGAAGUGGCCGGAUUUGUUGUAUAAUGUGUUUUAUCCGCGUCCAAACAUAAUCAAACUGCUUGUAACUAGAAAGUCGAUAAUUCGUGCGCUUCUCACAAUACUUAAAAUCAGUUUAAGGAAGAUGCUUUAAGCUAUACUUCAGAAAAUUUCCUUAAGGCAUUAAAAGCUUCGGUUUUGUUAGAAUGAGAAGACGAGCUGGUUUGUUUUUCUGGUGACAGUGUAAGCAAACGACAUUGAAGAUAUCCAUGCACGUUUAAUGUAUAUGUGUGUAUUCUUCUUGCGUCAUUGAUACGUAUUGUUGGGCUAAGGGUUUUAAGAAUGACUGUAUGUCGUUAUUUCAUACUCUAAAACUUGAGCUUAGUGCAUUAAAGUAUUUGGUUUUUUAAGUUCAUUGUUUUUACUUACUUAAAAGCUAGCUCGAAAAUACCAAUAAAGCACUUAAACAUGAUGCGUGUUUAGACAUACCUUUCUCUUUAACUCGUAUUAAAGACAAGGCAUUGCCUGCAUUUUUUAAUAACUUUAUAUCUCUAUAAUCCUUCACUUCAGAAUAGCAGGAAUUACAAAUAUAGUGGGCAUAGCUGAAGCUUAUAAAUACGGUAUAAGAUUUCUUGCAUUGAUGAGUUUACUCUCUGAAAAUAUGACUUAGUCUUAGAUUCUGUAGUCAUUCCUGAAUCUUCGAAAUUGUGCUAAUGUUUACAUCCUCUUCCUUAUAGUGACCCCAAGUUCCGAAACGAGCCAAGAUUCACCGAAUAAACCGCCAGUAAAUCCAGUUAGCGCAGUAAACACCCAACUCACAGCGAACGAUGUCGCUAACAAACCGAAGAGAAUACGCAGAAAGCCGCGGGUCUUGUUUUCACAAGGCCAAGUAUACGAACUUGAACGUCGUUUUAAACAACAAAGAUAUCUCUCGGCUCCGGAGCGCGAGCAUUUAGCCCAAGCGCUGAAGCUCACGCCGAAUCAAGUGAAGAUCUGGUUCCAAAAUAAAAGAUACAAAGUGAAGAAGCAAUCUUUGGAAAGCAAGAAUCGCGCGCUUGAUCCUUGGUUAGGAUUCAACGAACCGCGCAGAGUUGCUGUUCCUGUACUAGUGCGAGAUGGAGAAUCAUGUCUAGCCGCAAGACCUGACGCCGGCAGCUAUCCUUUUAAUGUACCUAACAUGGGAAAUAUGAACACUAUGAACAUGAAUAUGAACAUGAAUAUGAAUUUUCCAUACGGAUACGGCUAUCCCGCUUCACAGAACACCUCGGCUGGUCUGAGCUCAAGAUGGUAAGAGGCACUGUGUCUCAGUUUCGAAAUAGCGCUGUCCUUGCCUGUUCCAACAUGCAGAUCAAACCAUCGAACACUCGAUACGGGGACAAAGAAAUUGUUUGGCUCGAACUUCAUACUGUAUAUACAAUUGAAAUAAUUUGUACAUAAUAGAGUGUUCAUGAGACAGGAACACUGUUCAAAACAGUGAUAACUCUUUUAGACGAUCACAGUGAGCUUUGGCUGAGGACAAUAAACUUGGACGAUCGAAUCUGUAGAUAGGUAUAUACAAAUAUACAUACAUUUGGUAGUAAAUAUUUUAGAAGAGAAGUAACCGUAUUUGACAGGAAACUGAAUAUAUGAAUUAAAAUAAAUGCAAAGCAACAUCCUAAAUAAUAUUGAUUCGCUCUUAUGCA